CUCCAAACCACACUUGCACACAAAAAGGCACACUGAGCAAGCAAGGUGCGACGAGUAGCAGCAACGAAAGGCUCGCUCACAAUGCAAAGCCACAGGAAUGUUCAGUUCCUUAAUGAAUACCUGGAUGCGACGGAGGCACUCACUUCAGAAACCGGCGCGAGGAUGGCCAGGCUCGCCGAAACCACAGCUACCUCUUUCACAGCGCAAUACAACCUUAUGGAGGAGCUAGACAGCACGCUCGAGGAAAUACGCACCACGUCAGCAUCAGGGCUGCGGGCGCGGGUGCACCGUUUGGCGGAGCUGGUGGCAGAGUACAAGGCGGCGGCGGAGAUGAAGGCGGUGUUGGCGGUUGAGAUGGAGUGUAUGGUUAGCGAGCGGACGGAGUAUCUGAGGGUGUUUGGGGAGACGGGGGUUCCGCCAGAUGCCGGGCCUGGUCUGUGGGGUGAUUUGCGACCCGACGACGGAGCUGAGGACACAGUCGAGGAUGCAUCGGAUGGCGAGAAUUCGCAGCGUUCCCAGCAACUACCGCCAUCAUCAUCGACAUCCACAUUUGCCGCAAAGUCAUUGAAACGCACCAUCACGAUACCAAAGACGGUCAAACCCCGGGUAGUCCUGUCCGAAACAACCUCCAAUUCACAUCCACGAUUUGCGGCGUCAUCCUCAUCGUCGUCCAUGUCGGGGAGAAGACCUUCAAUGACCGAGAUGGAGGCCGCCAAAGCCCUGAAGGCCGCCGCCGGCAGAGCGAAAGACGCGGCAGUGUCUCGUAAGCGCAAACCGCAACCAGUCGAACAUUCCUCGCCGCGGCGGAGGAAGAGGCCGCCGGUCGCCACGCGAGGCUUCAAUACGAGCAUAUAUUGCUUUUGCAAGGAGGAUUUGGGGCCCGAUGUUCCCAUGAUUGAAUGUAACGCUGGAUCGGAUUGUCCCGCGGGUUCAUGGUUCCAUUUUCAGUGCGCCGGCGUUUCGAAAGUACCGAAGGGCAUCUGGAAAUGCCAGGCAUGCAGGGAUUCGUAGAGGCCUCACGAAAAACCAAAAGACCUCGGUCUAUAUGAUAUGUUAUGAUGAAUGUCCGACGCCGAUUGCUAAAGGACAUGCUGGAUACCGGGAUGGAAAAAGGUCUAUGGGGUGCAGUUCGAGGCGAAUGUGGAUGAAUGCAUGGGAUGAGACAGAGUCAAGGUCUAAACGGGGUGGUACCGCUAAAACCAAAACGUCCUACACCCUGUCGUCGUGGGUUGUUGGCCCGAGG